AGUUCGGUGCUUCGCUCACGCCUCGACUAUGGUAGUUGUGUAUAUGGAUCGGCAAGGCCCUCAGCUCUUCGAAUGCUUGACCCCAUUCAUCACCAGGGAUUGCGACUGUCUACAGGUGCAUUUCGCACGUCGCCUAUCCCCAGUCUUUAUGCAGAGACAAAUGAAUGGUCUCUGGAAAAGCAAGCAAUAGCUCCGUGGGAAUACAGCCUCAUUUUGUGUGACUUUUCACUGACUAAGUUCAGAAAGAGAGACACCCCACCAGAAUGUAUCAAACAGGAAUUUUAUGAAAUCCAAAGUAGAUACGCUGGUCACAGCUCGUAUGACGUUGCUCAAGAAACUAGAAGCAAGGCGUUCCAAUUUCCCCCUACAUUUACAAGAGCUAUACAACGUUGA